AUGGAGACACGAUUCACUAGAAGAAGACCCAUGCGAUCGCUCGAGGAGGGAGCCCCUACUGGAGCUGGUCCUGGAACGGGGGACAGAGCGAGCGGCCAGCGUCUGGAGGAUGACGAGGUGCAAGAGCGGCCCUCCAGGCAACGGGCUCAGCCCGUAAACUAUACGCAAUACAGACAAGGCAGCGAUAGACAUCACCCAGGCAAUGCUGCACCUGCUAACGAUGCUGCAACUGACCGCCGUCAGUCGCUCACUUUGGCAGGCCGCCCACGGCAGCGGAUCAUGUGGACGAGAGAGAUGAACAUGUACGUGAUUCGUUGCCACUACGUUUGCACGAGAUUGGAGACGGAUAUGUCUGGCAGGUCUAGAAUGCUGGACAUGUUCAAUGAGCGGUUCCCACGAUAUGCCAACCAGCUUGAUCGAAACAAGCUGUACACCCGACGACGAGCAAUACUGACGAAUAAUAUGCUCACAGCCGCCGAGUUGGACACAAUCAAGCUGGAAGUGCAGAGGGAACUUUGGAGUACAGGGAACAGAUCGAGCGAUAUGUCGAGAAAGAGUUCUGUUGGGCUGGAUCUAACCGUAGACAUGCCAGUAGAGGAGCCAGCAGAAGAGCUGGCUACUCCAGAACCAACAGUGAGCCUGGAACAACAGCUACGAGACGAACUAGCUUUCCAUAUGGAUGCGGCGGUUACACAGUUUCGGGGAACGGAUCCCUUAUCCCGACACAGGAUACCAAAGCUUCAGUAUACCUACCGGCUGACGAAUGCAGUAAGCAUCCUUAACCGGGAUAUUCUGUCACAGUAUUCGGAAGUCGUGCAGAACCUAGAGGAACUGCAGUGCAUGGUGUAUUGUGCAGCUGUAGCCGUCGUGAGAACGCUGGGAUUGUGCACCUACCCCCAAGGUAACGACGAAAGUCGCACUCGCCCCAGCAAACAAAAGCCUGCAUGGAUGCGACGAUUGGAAUCCCGAGUUGCAUCACUACGGGCAAAAAUUGGUCGGUUAACGCAAUACACCAGGAGGAACCGAUCAAGAAGGCUGGUCCGUCAAGUAGCUGAAAUUGUUAAGCCCGCAGAGCUCCGUGAUCUUAGUGAACCCAACCUCACAGAGAUCCUCGACACCCACGUACAGCGGUUAAGUGCUCUUGCUAAACGGAUGCGACGUUAUAGUGAAUGUUCGAAGCGGAAAGAACAAAAUCGGAUGUUCAGGACUAACGAACGAGAGUUCUACAAUCACAUUCAGAACAGAAAUCCGGACUACAGCGAGGGACUCCCUGAGAUUGGCGAAGUAACACAGUUUUGGGCCAAUUUAUGGGAGAACCCCGCUCAACACAAUAACAACGGGAUGUGGUUGGUAGAAGAAGAGGAGUACAGUGGUGGAAUUGAACGCAUGCCCGUUGUAGCAGUUUCCGCCCAAGAUAUUCGUGAGGCUACACGGUAUACCAGGAACUGGGCAGCACCAGGACCUGAUUUUGUGCACAAUUUCUGGUAUAAAAAGUUCUCCACAGUCCAUGGGCGCAUAGCGGAUUGUUUCAACAGGGUGCUGAGAGAUCCCCAAGAGCUCCCUGAAUUCAUCACUAAAGGGGUAACUUAUCUUCUACCCAAGGACCGUAAUACAGCUGACCCAGCCAAGUACAGGCCAAUAACCUGUUUGUCAAGCUUGUACAAAGUGCUCUCGUCGGUAAUUACAAGAAAAAUACAGGACCAUUGCGACGCCAACCAGGUGAUGACCGAAGAACAGAAAGGCUGCCGGAAAAACACGCAAGGCUGCAAAGACCAAGUCAUCAUUGAUGCAGUUAUUGUUGGUCAGGCAAGCCGGAAACAGAGAAACCUUGGCAUGGCGUACAUCGACUAUAAGAAGGCAUACGACCCGGUACCCCAUCCGUACCUCAUCAAGGUACUUGAGUUGUAUAAAAUAGACGAUGGCGUCAUCAGGUUGAUGAUCGAUAAAUGUCGACUAGUCAACCUCCAUCGAGGUAAAGUGGUGGACGCCGACAGUUUCCGCAUCAACGAGAGAGAGGAGAUACGAUGUAUGGUUGAAGGUGAAUCGUACAAGUACCUUGGAUUCCUGCAACUAAAAGGUAUUCACCACACGGUGAUCAAGAAAGAGCUGCAGGGUAGGUUCUUGCAUCGUGUCAACAGUAUAUUGAAUUCGCUCCUCUCCGCCGGCAACAAGAUAAAGGCGAUAAAUACGUUUGCCGUGCCCUUGUUGACAUACAGCUUCGGGGUGGUCAAGUGGACCAAAACGGAUUUGGAGGCGAUAGAACGAGCGAUACGAGUGUCGCUCACCAAAUACCGUUCGCACCACCCAAAAUCAGCAACCGAAAGAGUCACCUUGCCACGUAUUGAAGGCGGAAUUGGUGUCACCGAUAUCCAAGCGCUAUGCGUUUCCCAGAUCCAGCAGUUGCGACAAUAUUUCAGAGAGAGCCAGAACCGUCAUGAUAUUUAUCGCACUGUUUGUCGAGCAGAUCAUGGAUUCAGCGCCCUGCAUCUGGCGCAGGAGGAAUAUCAGCUGAACUGCGACCUGAAAACUGUAGAAGAGAAGGUCGCAUCGUGGAAGCAGAAGGAAUUGCAUGGGACGCACCCCCAUUAG